UUUGUUAAUCAGGCCGCACUCAUGGGACGCCGGAGAGAAACCGGAUCAUCACAUCCUCGUUAAACGGUGUCUUUUAGUCGGUGUUCGGGUUGCAGAGGAAGAAUGCUGGAAAACAAGAGGGAGAGGUUGAAAACAUUUCUGAGGAAGAUCGACGAGAGCGCCAUAUCGCGACUCAAGCAUUUAAUGAAAGAGAGCUAUGCCGUGGACUCGGGCUCCAUCCCUGUAAAGGUGAAGAAGAGCAGGUCGAAGAGCAAACUGAGCAGCAGGAAAGCCUUCAGUCUGGAGGAAAACCAGCUGGAGCAGAGCAAGAGCUUGUGCCGGCAGGUCCCGGCCAGGUCUCAGACAGUAGAUGUGGACAGGCCUUUAGAGAGAAGUGAAAGCCUGAACUCCAGAAGUAGCUUCACCAAACACAACAAAACCUUCCACAAACUCUUCCCAGAGGUCCCGGAGGCAGAAGAUCUGCUGCACGCAUACAUCUGUGCGCUGCAGAAAGAGGUCCCGUAUCACGGCCGUCUGUACAUCACGGACACACACAUCUGCUUCUUCUCUUCUGUGCUGCUCAAAGACACCAGGGUGGUCAUUCCUGUGUCCAGUGUGUGUGUGGUGAAGAAGCAGAACACAGCACUGCUGGUGCCCAACGCCAUCUCUGUGCGCACCGCUGACGGGGACAAGUUUUUGUUUGUGUCUCUGCGUAACCGAGAGGGCUGCUAUAAGCUGCUGCGCUCCGUCUGUCCUCAGCUGGAGGACUGCAGUGCUAACAGCAGCCCGUUAUUCUCCUCGGCAGAAAACAGCUUCGACCACAGCAGAGUGGUGAACUCAAGUCAGUCCAGUCUGGAAGAUGUGUGUGAUUUGUCGUCUCCUCGGGAGGAUCAGAUCUCAGCAUCGCCGCGACUGUCUCGAGAGAGUCUUGCAGCGAAAGCCUCAGUCAGUUCACCCACUGAAGACGACAGCGCUGAUGAUGAGCACACCGGAAGCUGGUGGGUGUGGAGCGUGACGGAGCGAGCGCGAUCUCUGCUCAUCCAGAGAGAAAUGAACAAGCUGAACACACUCCUGCUCGUCUACCUGAUCCUGGUGUUUCUGCUGCUGUUGUCGUCUGGAUACAUCGGUCUGCGUAUCGUGGCUUUAGAGGAGCAGCUGUCGUCUCUCGGAGCUUUACCUGAUCUCACUUUACACAGCAGCAGAUAUAAAGAAACAUAGGAAGUGUCCUGGAGGCGAACUGUGGAAAAGCACCGAAACGCCUGCCGGAGCUGCUGGGACGUCUUCAUUUGCACAUCACUUUCUGCCAAGAGAUGCGAAAACGUGUGUGUGUUCACUCGCUCCGCAAAAACAACCAAAGACAGACGGAGAGACGAACGAAAGCAUUUCAGCGCCUUCAUUUCACCAGUCGAACAUUUCACAGCCAUGUCGACCGUGACUUCCUUUAUUUUUGAUCGAUUGCCUGCUUUAUCUUCUUCUGGAACCACAGCGUCUUUCAUUCUAAUGUUUGUUUCGUUUAUCUUUAAAGGGGGUUGCCAUAUUAAACCAUGUUCAGGUUUAACGAAUUUACAAAAAAUAAGACAGAGCUCUAAGCUAGCUAGCCGACCCUUAGUAUUACUGUAUGUAUCGUCUAUGCACAAAAGAAGAGAAAAAAAAAUAAGAAUCAGGUAUUUAACACACGUUUUGUAACGUCGUUCAUGUUUUUAUACUUAACGGAGACGCGUUCGCCAAAUACGACGGUUUCUUCGUUAUUUCUAAAUGUAAAAAAAAAAAAAAGAUUGUAUUAAAAAAUGAUAAUAAAAGUGACUUUUAAUGCAUCAGGUGCGUCGAAAGUCCAAUUAUCCAUUAUAAAACGCAUGUGUGCGCGAAACUAAACGAAAUAAGUUGCGUUCAGGGCUCAGAGAUUUGUGAUACUUGACGAAAGCGGUCCAAAAAUAUGCAUGGUUUUUGUGCGCGUGUAUGUCUGUGUGUGAGUGUGUGUAUUAUUAAUCUGUUGCGACGUGUCCACGAGGUGUGAUUCGAGUGCACUUUAUAGUGUGUCCUGUUGGGGGCGCUGUGGCGAGGCUCUGUUUAUUUUAGACGGUGCUAAAAAAAAAAAAAAUCUCGCUCAGGGCUCAAGGGCCGACUCGCAAUGCAUCAUGGGAGUCCGUAUAUAUCCUUCAGGCGCUCCGGAAUUAAAUUGCGUGAAGUUGUUGCGCUUUAUUUUUAUCAUCAUUAUUGUUUUUUGCAUGGCGCUAAUUCUCAGGAGCGAUUUUCCUGCAGUUGCCCUACCAAACAGAGAUUCCCUGAUCCAUGUAAACGAUAAUAACAGUGGAUUCGCACAACAUUUCAACUAAUCGUCGCAAAAACCUCAACGACUGUCUAAUAACUACAAUGCAAGAGUUUGUUUCUAUUAUUGCACUAUGGAAGUGUUGGAUUUUUGUAUGAAUAUGUAAGUAAACCUCUUGUUUUUGGGUCUAUUUAUUGCCUAAUGUGUAAUUCAAAGUGGUCUCUGUGAGACUGGCUUUGGCAUUGUUUGAAUAAAUCAAGUGCUAAGGAA